AUGAGUGGAGGAGGAGAGCAGCCAGAUAUCCUCAGUGUUGGAAUCCUGGUCAAAGAAAGAUGGAAAGUGUUGAGGAAGAUUGGGGGUGGGGGCUUUGGAGAAAUUUACGAUGCCUUGGACAUGCUUACCAGGGAAAACGUUGCACUGAAGGUAGAAUCAGCCCAACAACCAAAACAAGUUCUGAAAAUGGAGGUUGCUGUAUUGAAAAAACUACAAGGGAAAGACCAUGUUUGUAGAUUUAUCGGCUGUGGGAGGAACGAUCGCUUCAAUUAUGUGGCCAUGCAAUUGCAGGGUCGGAAUCUGGCAGAUCUACGCCGUAGCCAGUCCCGGGGCACAUUCACUAUUAGCACCACUCUUCGGCUGGGUAAACAGAUUCUGGAGUCUAUUGAGAGCAUCCAUUCUGUGGGAUUCUUGCACCGAGACAUCAAACCGUCGAACUUCGCCAUGGGUCGCUUUCCUAGUACAUGUAGGAAGUGUUUCAUGCUUGAUUUUGGCUUGGCUCGACAGUUUACUAAUUCCUGUGGUGACGUCAGACCACCUCGAGCUGUGGCAGGCUUCCGAGGGACAGUUCGUUAUGCAUCGAUCAAUGCUCAUCGAAACAGAGAAAUGGGAAGACAUGAUGAUCUUUGGUCCUUAUUCUACAUGUUGGUGGAGUUUGUGGUUGGGCAGUUGCCAUGGAGAAAAAUAAAAGACAAGGAGCAAGUAGGCUCUAUUAAGGAGAGGUAUGACCACAAGCUUAUGUUGAAACAUCUCCCUCCAGAAUUCAGCAUCUUUCUGGACCAUAUCUCCUCUUUGGAUUAUUUUACAAAACCAGACUAUCAGCUUCUUACAUCAGUGUUUGACAACAGCAUCAAAACCUUUGGAGUAUUUGAGAGUGACCCUUUUGACUGGGAGAAGACUGGAACUGAUGGCUCCCUAACAACCACCACUACUUCUGCCACCCCUCAGUUGCAUACCCGCCUGACCCCUGCGGCAAUCGGAAUUGCUAAUGCCACUCCCAUCCCAGGGGACUUGCUUAGAGAAAAUACAGAUGAGGUGUUUCCAGAUGAACAUCUCAGUGAUGGGGAAAAUGGCAUCCCUGUUGGUAUGUCACCGGAUAAAUUGCCUGGAUCUCUGGGACACACUCAUCCCCAGGAGAAGGAUGUCUGGGAAGAGAUGGAUGCCAACAGGAACAAGAUAAAGUUUGGAAUUUGUAAGGCUGCUACUGAAGAGGAGAAUAGCCAUGGUCAAGCAAAUGGUAUUCUGAAUGCUCCAAGCCUUGGUUCACCAAUUCGUGUCCGCUCAGAAAUUACUCAGCCAGACAGAGAUGUUCCGUUGGUGCGAAAGUUACGUUCCAUCCACAGCUUUGAGCUGGAAAAGCGUCUAACACUAGAGCCAAAGCCAGAUACUGACAAGUUUCUUGAGACCUGCCUGGAGAAAAUACAGAAAGAUUCCAUUGCAGGAAAGGAACCUGUUCUUCCUGCCCUGCCUCAUAAGCCUUGUGUUCCUGCUGGGGCCCGUACUGACCACAUCUGGAACUAUGAUGAAGAAUAUCUUCCAGAUGCUUCUAAGCCUGCCUCUGCCCAUACUCCUGAGCAGGCGGAUGGUGGCGGCAGCAAUGGAUUUAUAGCUGUUAACUUGAGCUCUUGCAAGCAGGAGGUUGAUUCCAAAGAAUGGGUGAUUGUGGACAAGGAGCAGGACCUUCGGGAUUUUAGGACAAAUGAGGCUUUAGGCCAUAAAACAACAGGGAGCCCUUCUGAUGAGGAGCCUGAAGUACUUCAAGUUCUAGAAGAAUCACCUCAAGAUGGAAACCUCCGAUUGGGUCCUUGGGAAGAAAAUAUUCAUUUAAAGAAGGAAACCUCAGGUGUGAUCUUAGCACUUUCUGGGGAAUGCUAUGCCACUGCUGCUUCAGAGCAAUAUACAGAUAGGCUAGAACUCCAGGCUGGAGCUGGUGGUCAGUUUACUGCAGCAACACCCACAAGUCCAAUGGAGGCACAAGCAGAAGGACCCCUUACAGCGAUUACAAUUCCUCGACCUUCUGUGGCAUCUACACAGUCGACUUCAGGAAGCUUUCACUGUGGUCAGCUGCCAGAGAAGAAGGACCUUCAGCCUGUGGAGCCCACUGUGGAACUUUAUUCUCCAAGGGAGAACUUCUCUGGUUUAGCUGUGACAGAGGGAGAACCUCCUAGUGGAGGAAGCAGAACAGACUUGGGGCUGCAGAUGGAGCAUAUUGGUCCUGACAUGUUACUCAGUACUAGAGAGUGUGAAAAAUCUCAAGGACCAGAAGACCUUCCUGACCAUAACAGACUGGCUGUGAGAGAGUUUGAGAGUCUCCUUAGGGGGACGGAAGAGAAAAGCCUGCUAGGGUCAGAUAAUGAAGAUGAGAAGUUAAGUAAAGGGCAGCAUUAUAUUGAGAUCUCCUCUCUCCCAGGAGACUUAGAAAGGGAUCACUCAGCGACUACUGAGCCUCUUGAAAUGACAAAGACACAGACUUUUAGUGUAAUGCCAAAUCAAGACAAAAAUCAUGAGAUAAUGAAGCUUCUGGCAGUAGGAACUUCAGAAAUUUCUCCAGGAGACAUUGACCCACAUGCUGAAGGACAGAUAGGCCCAGUGGCAACAAUGCAAAAAAAUAAGCUAUCUAAGGAUGAUGACAUCAAGAGUGAAGACUUGCCUGGUCUUCAAGGAGACCUCUCUACUUUUUUGCACCAAGAGGGUAAAAAAGAGAAAACUGACCCUAGAAAUAGAGAACUAUUAAAUAGUGUUUCAGAAAGUGAACAGUGUCCCUCAUCCCGGAAGGAUGUGGUUAGGUCAUCCUUCGUAACUAGACACAGCCGAAUCCCUGUUUUAGCACAAGAGAUAGACUCAGCUUUUGACUCAUCCUCUCCACUCUCUGCAAAAGAAAAGCUCCUUCAAAAGAAAGCUUAUCAGCCAGACCUACUCAAACUUCUGGUGGAAAAAAGGCAACUCAAGUCUUUUCUUGGGGACCUCUCAAGUGCCUCUGAUAAAUUGCUGGAGGAGAGACUAGCUACUGUUCCUGCUCCCUUUUCUGAGGAGGAAGUCUUCACUCCCUUUUCAAGACUGGCGAUAGACACCCCCCUGAGCAGGGCAGCUGAAGAUAGCUUUUUGUCACCUAUCAUCUCCCAGUCCAGAAAGAGCAAAAUUCCAAGGCCAGUGUCAUGGGUCAACACAGAUCAAGUCAAUAUCUCCACUUCAUCACAGUUCUUGCCUCGGCCACCGCCAGGAAAGCCACCCACAAGGCCCGGAGUAGAAGCCAGGCUCCGCAGAUACAGAGUCCUAGGGAGUAGCAAUUCUGACUCAGACCUUUUCUCCCGCCUGGCCCAAAUUCUUCAAAAUGGAUCUCAGAAACCCCGGAGCACUACUCAGUGCAAGAGUCCAGGAUCCCCCCACAACCCAAAAACACCACCCAAGAGUCCAGUCGUCCCUCGCAGGAGCCCCAGUGCCUCUCCUCGAAGUUCUUCUUUGCCUCGCACAUCCAGUUCCUCGCCAUCUAGGGCUAGUCGGCCCCACCAUGACCAGAGGAGUUCAUCCCCGCAUCUGGGGAGAAGCAAGUCACCUCCCAGCCACUCCGGAUCCUCCUCCUCCCGGAGGUCCUGCCAACAGGAGCAUUGCAAACCCAGCAAGAACGGCCUGAAGGGAUCCGGCAGCCUCUACCACCACUCGGCCAGCACUAAGGCCCCCCCGGGGAAGAGUAAGUCAGCCAGUAAGCUCAGCAGAUAG